AAGUGGUGUGCAAACAUGGCUCAAUCUCUUAAUGUUGGUGUUCCAUGGAUAAUGUGCCAACAAAAUGAUGCUCCUCAGCCUAUGUUGAAUACAUGUAAUGGCUUUUAUUGUGACGAUUUUGUACCAAACAAUCCCAAUACUCCUAAGAUGUGGACUGAGAAUUGGACCGGAUGGUUUAAGCAAUGGGGUGGUAAAAAUUCUCAUAGAACAACCGAAGAUGUUGCAUUUUCUGUUGCAAGGUUCUUCCAAAGAGGAGGAACUUUUAAUAAUUAUUAUAUGUACCAUGGAGGCACCAACUUUGAUAGAACUGCUGGCGGUCCAUACAUCACAACUUCAUAUGAUUAUGAUGCUCCACUUGACGAAUAUGGUAAUUUGAAUCAACCAAAAUACGGGCAUUUGAAGCAACUUCAUGAUGUUCUUCAUUCUAUGGAAAAAAUUCUCACAUACGGAAACAUCUCCACCAUUGACUUUGGAAACUCUGCAUCGGCAACAAUUUAUAGAACCAAAGAAGGAUCAAGCUGCUUUUUUGGAAAUGGAAAUGAAAAUUCAGAUGCAACAAUUAGUUUCCAAGGAGAAUCUUAUGUUGUCCCGGCUUGGUCUGUUACCAUUUUACCGGAUUGCAAAAAUGAGGCUUAUAACACUGCCAAGAUUACCACUCAGACUUCAAUGAUGGUUAAGAAACCAAAUGAAGCUGAGGAUACUCCUUCAACUCUGAAAUGGUCAUGGAGGCCAGAGAACAUGGACAACUUUCUUCUGAAAGGAAAAGGAGAAUCGACACAGACACAACUAUUUGAUCAGAAAGUAGUAACCAAUGACCAAAGUGAUUAUCUAUGGUACAUGACUACCGUUAAGUUUAAAAAACGAGAUCCAUUUUUGGGUAAAAACAUGUCUCUUCGCGUCAACAGUACUGCUCAUGUCCUUCACGCUUUUGUCAAUGGAAAACAUAUUGGUAAUCAACACGUUGAGAAUGGAAAAUUUAACUAUGUAUUUGAGAAAGAUGUGAAGUUUAAGUCUGGUCGUAAUGUCAUUGCUCUUCUUAGCAUAACUGUGGGACUUGCUAACUAUGGUGCUUUCUUUGAAAGUAAGCCAGCUGGAAUCACUGGACCCAUUUCUAUUACGGGAAGAAAUGUUGAUGAAACUAUAGUUAAGGACUUGUCUGCUCAUAAAUGGAGCUAUAAGACCGGUUUAAAUGGGUUUGAGAACCAACUCUUUAGAACAGAAUCAGUGUCUAAAUGGUCAGUUGAAAGUGUACCUUUUAACCGAACCAUGACUUGGUAUAAGGCUACGUUCAAGGCUCCCUUAGGAAAUGAUCCAGUUGUUGUCGAUCUUCUGGGACUUGGAAAAGGUACAGCUUGGGUCAAUGGAAACAACAUUGGACGUUAUUGGCCAGCAUUCAUUUCAAGUGAAAAUGGUUGUGCUGCAAAAUGUAAUUAUAGAGGGCCUUAUCAUGCUGAAAAGUGUUUAACCAAUUGCGGAGAACCCACACAAAGAUGGUAUCAUGUUCCUCGUUCUUUCUUGAAUGCAGAAGGAGAUAACACACUAGUUUUGUUUGAGGAGAUGGGAGGAAACCCAUCGCUUGUCAGUUUCCAAACUACUAGAGUGGGAAGUGUAUGUGCUAAUGUCUAUGAGAAAAAUUCUAUUGAGCUUUCUUGCGAUAGAAAACCCAUUUCUGCCAUCAAAUUUGCCUCAUUUGGUAACCCAUAUGGCAACUGUGGAUCUUUCGAAAAAGGAACUUGUGAAUCAAGUAACAACACGAUUGAUAUUCUCACACAAGAAUGUGUUGGAAAAGAGAAGUGUUCCAUUGAUGUAUCUACGGAAAAGUUUGGAGCACCAGAUUGCACUGGAUCUGUUAGAAGGCUCGCUGUCGAAGCUAUAUGCUAAGUGUUUUUCUAGAUUUACAGUGUUUUCUUUAUUAUAUUUCCAAAUUAUGCUAUAUUUUGUUUUCAAAGAUAUAAGUAUUUUUAAUCUUUACUUCUGGUGGUUUUAUUCAAUAAAAGAACACAUUCUUAUAUACAUUUUACACAGUCAUCCUUUUUCCAAAAAGUCAUGGUCAUUUCUUUCUCACCAUCCUCACUCUCUCUAAAAAAUUGAAUAAGUGUUCCUUCAAUAUUUGUUGUUUUUUCUCUUUAAUAUAUAACACUGAUUAAACUGUUCUACCUCAGUUGGUAAAUAACCAGUUUUAAUGUAUGAGUUCAAGUCUUAUUGUACAAUUUUUUCUUUUCUAUUUUGCAUUAAAUAAAA